AUGCAUUCAAUCCCUAUUAAUCCGAUCUUCAUCAUUAAUCAGCAACGCCUUCAAUUGUUUGGAACUCCUCUUAAACAACAUCAUAAAAGAAAAGUUCCAGAAAAUGUAUAUGAGAUAUCAUUAUUUCUUGGGAUGUUAAGUAAAUGGUGUAAUAUCACAAUCGAACGGUUUAAUAAAAAGAAAGAAAUCAUAUAUGAAUGCCCAAAAAUCAGUGGAAUUGAUUUUGGUGAUGGGGUCAUUGAAUUAGAAAAUAUAGUUAAUGAGAAAGUGAAAAACGAAAUAAAACCUAUUAACACAAAUGAAAUUGGAACAAAACUUGGCUAUGAAAAGAUUAAAUCUCUAAGAAUUCAACACACUAUUGAAUUAUUGGAGGAUUUACUCUACGAAAAAGGAAUUGAAAUUUUAAGAAAUAAAAAAGGAAUUCGGUGUGUAUAUAGAUAUGGGAAAGGAUUAAUUAAAACAGAUGACAUACAUCAGAAAGAAAGAGCAAUCCACUCUGCUCUAGUACAUCGAUUUCAAAUGGGAAUUAAACGAUUAGAUAUCAAGCGAGGAGAUAUUGAACUAGUUCAUAUUAUAUACUAA